GAAUUGAUCGGGAAAGAGUAGAAAGAAUGGAAGCUCGAUUGAAAGAAGAUAUUCUGCGAGAAGCUGAGCGCUAUGAAGGUGCUAUAAUGGUUAUUCACGAGACUAAGAAUGGGCAAAUGUCUGAUGCUUGGGAGCACGUGAGCUCUGUUGUAGUUCAGACCCCACUGGAAGUUUUUAGAAGCUUUGAGGCUGAUCGUUUUCCCAUCAAGUAUGCUCGCGUUCCUAUCACUGACGGUAAAGCUCCCAAAAGUUCUGACUUGGACACAUUGGCGAUGAAUAUUGCCUCAGCUUCCAAGGACACGGCUUUUGUUUUUAACUGCCAGAUGGGUAUAGGUAGGACAACCACUGGUACUGUAAUUGCUUGCCUUCUGAAACUUCGGAUUGACUAUGGGAGACCUAUUAGGGUACUAUGGGAAGAUACGUCAAAUGAAGACGUACAUGACGGUACAUCAAGUGGUGAAGAAACCGUAGGUCAUGAUCCUGUAUCAUCAUCAAGUAUAGCAAGCAGACCUCGAAAAGAUUCAAGCCGGGCAUUUGGUAUUAACGACAUCUUAUUGUUGUGGAAGAUAACACAAUUUUUUGAUAAUGGGGUGCAAUGCCGGGAGGCCUUAGAUGCUAUUAUUGAUAGAUGUUCAGCUCUGCAGAAUAUACGCCAAGCUGUCUUGCUUUACAGAAAGUUAUUCAAUAAGCAACAUGUUGAGCCAAGGGAAAGGAGAGUGGCAUUAAACCGCGGAGCCGAGUACUUGGAGCGUUAUUUUCGUUUAAUUGCUUUUGCAGCAUAUCUUGGAAGUGAAGCAUUUGAUGGGUUUUGUGGACAAGGAGAAUUGAGGAUAACAUUUAAGAGUUGGUUGCAGCAGAGAUCGGAGGUGCAAGCCAUGAAAUGGUCCAUCCGAUUAAGGCCUGGGCGAUUCUUCACAGUCCCUGAGGAGUUGAGAGCGCCACAUGAGUCUCAACAUGGGGAUGCGGUAAUGGAGGCCAUUGUAAAGAAUCGGAGUGGUUCUGUUCUGGGGAAAGGGUCUAUUCUUAAGAUGUACUUCUUUCCUGGUCAAAUAACUUCCAGCCACAUACAAAUUCAUGGAGCACCACAUGUCUACAAGGUACAUUGA